AGUGCAAUAACCACGUGCGCAGAGCUCCUUUCACAGAGGGGUGCCCAAAUCAUCGCGAUCAAAUGGAUCAGUUCCAUCACUUGCAUUGACCGCAUGUCCCGCCCACCCCCACCCCCACACACAGCGCAAGCUGCACGGACCGCGCCCACCAUGCCCCUCCCCCAAUUAAUCCACCCGAACUGCCUGCUCUCCGUCUCGCACGACGCCGACGACGGACUCGUGAGCGUGCUCCUCCCGCAGCAGCGCACGGACGGCUUCCCCGGCCAGAUCUUCCACGCGGCACGCCUGAGCGAAAAGGUCGUCUUCUCUCCGCUUCUGCUGGAUCCGCACGUGAAUCUGGCGGCGGGCACGGGCAAGGUGUUCUCUGGGUGCCUGAGCAUGGAGGGGCCCGCGCAGCAGCUGCUCGGCGGCCCACAGCCUCAGCUGGUCCAGUGCGCGCUGGCGGUGAAGGAGCAGGUUUUGUCUGAGACGCAUGGCCUGGUGGUGGGGUGCUGAGGUGAGUCUGAAGAGGCUCCGUCGUCGGUGUGGGCGGCUGAGAUGUAGCCUUGAAGAACGGUGUGCGCGAUCCGUGGCGAGGGGGAAACCCUCGAAUUCACGUUGACGCGGUAUGAAUUCCAGAGAGUUGCUGGUGACUGGGUCAUCACGAUCAGCGUGGGCCAGCGGGUGCUGGGCGGCCUCCAGGCGCAUGCGGACGGUGUGUUCUGGAUUGGCACGCCGGAUUUACGGUACCCGCCGCAUGGGCGCAUCUUCGCCGUCGCUGCCGCUACACUUGUGGGGCCAGAUCUGAGGGAAUUGCCCUUUCGCCAGCCGACAGGGCCCUGGCCACAGUUGUUUCCAACGCAGUCUGAUCCGUAUUCGUCGGAGCUAGUGGGUAGAUGCAACAUUAUUGGUUUGCUUGUGGCGUGUAUGUCGACAUUCCAAAACUGUCCUCAUGAAUCGUACAGACAUUGAAUCGCCGA